GUGAGCGGCGGUGCCGAGUUGCUGAGAGUUUUGUUGCGAGUCCCACUCUGAGAAGUGCCAGUGUCGUCGUCUCUCCUGAAAGAGUGAUUUCAAGACGACUCCCAGGGACACUGCUGAGAGGAGGAGACCUUUAACGGAAACUACACCUUCUGCUUGGAGUAGUGAAGAGGGUGAUUAUUAAGCUUCCAUUUAUAAAGUCGAACUCGGUGGCUGUGCACCUAAAACUUCCUUAAAAGAAAGAAAACGGAGAUGGCUAAAAAGCAAAAUCAAAAGGAUACCACUGGAGUCAUGUUUGACACUCGAUUCAAAGCAGUGAUGGCCCAGGGAGGAUCCAAUGACAACAUAAAGGAAAAGAUUAGCGCUGUCCGUGCAAUAGUUCCUAACAGGAGUAAUAAUGAGAUAAUUCUGGUGUUACAACAUUAUGACAACUGUGUCGACAAAGCAGUACAAGCUUUUAUGGAAGGUUAUGCCGCAGAAGUUCUGAAGGAAUGGAGUGUAACAGGAAAGAAGAAGAACAAAAAGAAGAAGAUUAAGCCAAAGCCGCAAGUCAAAGCAGAGCCAGGACAACUGCAGCCUAGCAAAAGUGCAGCCAAUUAUGGUGAGCUGUCUGCAGCUUCGUGGGAGAAGGAUGAAAUAAACAGUUAUCACAUCAAUGGAUCUGUAAAUGAUGAGUCGGUAGAUUCUCUCAGUGAACAGUUGGAUACCCUUUCCGUGGAUGCCCAAGAGCUGGAAGAUUCUGAAUUGAUGACUCCUGAAAUCAACAGUAUAAUGGUAUCUGUAUUAGAAGACGAAAAGUGUAAAGUAGAGUCAAAAUUCCAACCUCGUCAUCAUUUCCAUAGUUCUCAUCCUACUAGAACACAUCAACAAAGGAAUACAACAAAGUCCAGGUCACGAGCUCCUUCAGGAUCACAAUCUUCUACCUCCCUUUCCUUACUCACGCCAGAUGAUGGUGCAUUUGUUUCAUCUAGGAAUAAAAAAAUAGGCACUAAUAUAGAGAAGUCAGCAAAAGACUUGCAGCGAUGUACUGUGUCCCUAGCCAGGUACCGGGCAGUUAUUAAAGAGGAAAUGGACAUUUCUGUUCGAAAGAUGAAGGUGGCGUUUGCUGAACUACAGAACUGUUUUAUGGACAGAGAGGUGGCACUGUUGGGAGAAAUGGAUAAAGUCAAAGCAGCAGCAUUGGAUAUCCUGGACAGUCGCCAGAAGAGAGCUGAAGCGUUAAAGAGAAUGACGGACAAUGCAGUUCGCAUGUCUGAGGAACAGCUAGUGGAACUGAGAGCGGAUAUUAAGCAUUUUGUUAGUGAACGAAAAUAUGAUGAAGACCUGGGGCGAUGUGCACAGUUCACCUGUGAUGUGGAAGAACUCAAAGCAAGUAUCCAAGCCUUUGGACAAGUGUCUCAUCCCAAGAAUAAUUACUCUGCCAGAUCAAGAUGUAGCUCUGUGUCGUCUAUGUCUGUAACAAGUCGGAGUGAUGUUUCAGCUCCCGACUAUGCUUCAGACCCCAGCCUUACUAAAUCAGUGAAGAAGAAUCCAUGUUCUGGAGACAUUUCCACUGCUACAACUAACUCUGCAAACCAAACUUGCCCAUCAAAUCGACCGGUGCCCCAUGGAAAUAGGAGAGCAGGUUACCGACCUCGUGAGAAUAGGAUAAAUGGCCCAAGCCACUUUGGAAGGAAUGAAUAUAGGAAUCGGUACCGGAAUGGACCCAAGAAUUACUCUGACACUCGAUACAACCCACAACCUGCAUCCCGUGGUUUUACCACUGAUAAGAACCAAAUCUCUGAUACUCGAUACAACCCACAACCCGCACCUCAUGAUGUAACCACUGAUAGGAGCCAAAUGACAGCUUCUAAUGACACAGCUGCAUCUUCUGCCCCCAGGCAGUCCACCUUACCACUUCCUCCUGCCAGCACCCUGCCUCAACGUAGGCCAAGGUCAAGUGGAAAUGAAACCCCUGUGAACUGCUGAAAGCUUCUGACGUCCAGCAACAUGCCAGCAUCCCAGCUAGACAUGAUCAAACAAAAAUGGGUUUACAUUCACCUUGUCUGUGCCACCAGUGAUUUGUCUUGAAAUCUUUUUUUUUUCUUUUUUCUCCUUUUCCUGGUUUCUAGAUCAACUUUUCCAUAUUUUCAUAAGUUUUUAAAUCGAUAGUGUCUGUCAGUUUUUCAUCUCUUCUGGAAGAGGGAGCAGCACUUGGCUGUACCUUAGACAUGUUAUUUAAACAUUGUUGUCUGGUUUGUUGUGGCUAAAUCAAUUAGCUUUACUUUAAACACUAACAUUUUUCAAGAGAUCCCUACACAUCUCAAACUGUUAGGAAUGAAAGUGCCUUCGACCUAUAGUGUUCGUCACAACCACUUAACUAUCCCAGACUACACUUAAAAAUCAAACUGAAAGGACCAAAGACCUUCAAAGUUAUCAUUGUGCUAGACAUCACUAUGUAAUUGUAACAGGGCACAAAUAUGAUGCUUUCUUUUGUUCUCUAUUUGGAUGAAACUGUUUUUAGUAAUGAACUGCCUGAAACCUGUAUUUUGCGUGCUGAAGAUGACAACAUGCUAACAGAAUGCCAGAACUUCAGUAUCAUUUCCUAUUUAUGUCAGGCUGCAUUCACAAAAUGACCAGCAAAGGUGCAAAGUGGUAUCCUAUUAUAUUGACAUUGCAGUUACAGUUUGAAUUCAGAGCCAGGGCCUGGCUGAUGGGAAACAUAACGCAACUUACUCAAGGAGUUUGUCUGCUGCCUUUAGUCAGUUCUGGCCAUGACAUCAAAUUUACAUUCCGAAACCUGUGUCGGUGAGAAGCUGAAAUCACUUUGCACCAAUGUUAAAAUUUGUAGUGUAAAUGCAGAAGAACUGAUGUAAAGUUUUAGUGGUAUCUGUGCUGCUGAAUUAACUUGUACUUGCUGCUGCUCAGUUACUCCCAGAGCUGUCCCAGAAGAGAAGUUCACUUAGCUCUGAAAAGAGUGAAUCUUUCAGUGCUGUCUGAGGUGAUCCUGAAUUCCCUCGUAAAAUAGGUUUUGUAUGUCAAGGUUGCAGGAUGUAGUGUGAUGCCACUAAAUGUCUAUGAUGCACCCCUUAGAAAAUAAUCUGCUGGUCUGAACAUGCCUUUGAUCUGAUGCAUUCCAGAUCUAAGGGAAAUCAAACCGAAAGUGACUGCAUGUAAACAGGACUAUAGACUCCAAACAAUAUCGUCAGCAGUAAACCAGUAAAAGCAUAAAAUGGAAGAUAUUUACAGGAGACUUUGUAAACGGAUGCCCUUUGGAGCACUUUGACCUGUAGAUUUUUUGCUGUCCUGUUUUGAAAAAAAUAUUCUUAAAGUCUUGAUCCCAUUUUUAAAUUUUCUAGACUGCCUACUUAUUCUAAGUAGCAAAAUUCCUAGCUUGUUUGCUUUGAUAUCUGCAUUUUAGUAGUAAAUGAUUAGAACUAUGCCUGUAAUGAUGAUUCUGUAAUUGAGAAUGAGAAGUGAAGCGCACAGAACAGCUAGUGUAUUUUUAAACAAAGAUAACACCUGUGUUAAAAUGCAGUAUCUUUCAAAAUUGAGUCAAAAGUGUGAUUUUGUUUCCUCAUGCUGACGUCUGAAUACUGACAGGAAAAAACAAAUGAAUAAGUUUCAAAGCAUUCAUUUGUAUCAAAUGCUGUUUUACUACCCCUUCUAGAUUUAUGUUUUUCUAGUGUUCAGAUCAUUACAAAAGUUGCAACGAAAGGAAAGGCUAUGCAGCCUUUUGGAUUCAUAUACAUAGUCCACUCAGAUCAUUGGUGCCCAGCCCAUAUCCCUUUUAUUCUCUACUGAAAUCAAGAAUCUCAAACAAUUUAUUUCAUUUGUAAGUUUCAACUGUGUUCACAUUCAGUGCACUAGGUGCAAGUCGUUAUAUUAAGAAUUAUUGUAAUUAACCCCUACACUUUAAUUUGGAGACAAGGGAUCAUGUCAGAUUAACUGAGCAUAUUUCUGGUAGUACAGCAGUAAAAUGCUGGCUACCCAGGACCAGACCAGUUGUUGAAAGGCAAUGGGAGUAAUCCAUUUUUCAAUUUGUUGGUUCUUAUUUACAUGACUGAAACUGAAUCCUCCAAACUAUGGUAUGUUGGUGGCAUGUUGGUACAUUACGGCUGCAUCUCAGGCAGUAGAAUUGCUGUUCCCUCUUAAUGCAAGUCUUUUCCUGACGUAUGUCAUGUAUUUAAAAUUUAGUUGAUAAAUAAAGCAGUAUUCUAACCUAA